AUGACGAAAUAUCGUAAACAAGGAUUUAAGUCGGCAGGGAAUGCAGCCAGGUAUUCUAUAGUGACAUCUGCACAGAAUCUGCGCUGGGCCAGACUGAAAAGACCCCCUGAUCACGAUUAUAUCUGCAGUGAUAUCGGUCCAGAUUUAUCACAUGUAGAAAGAGAGGAAGAAGUUGAGUCUGCUGAUACCAAGGAAUGCAAAGACUGGAGACUAGGGAGACGGAUAGUUGAGCUAGAUGUGCUAGCUAAAGGACUGAGUGCCUGUGGGAAGUCUGGCUUGCCCCUCAAUUUAGACCACACUAAGGAAAUCCAGACUUAUGGUCUGGGGUCACUUUUAAAUACUCAAAACAUAUGUUGA